CGUUGUCGGAGUCUAGUUCACAUGACGGCGGUGGCAGAGAAGGAGGAGCACAGCGUGAAUCUGGAAUGUGGUGGUGGAGGAGGAGGCGGCGGUAGCGGCAGCGGCGACAAUGUAGCGGCUGAAAUCAGAUUGUACCCCUUAAGGCUUGAGAGCGGAGAAUCCUCACUAGCACAGAUCCCGGCCCCAGACGAACAGUCACCACCGUGUCCUCGACCCGACUCCAACACUCAGCAGCCGGAGGAGGAGCGCCUUACAACGCUUAUAAGAUGUGAUAAGAUGACACAGGAGAAGAAAAGAACGCGCCGCACUGACAUGCUGACCAAAAAUAUCAUGAAAGAUCCGAGUGCACAACAAGGAAUUGGUCGGCCUAGCGUUUAUCACGCAGUAGUUGUCAUCUUUUUAGAAUUCUUUGCGUGGGGACUGUUAACUACUCCAAUGCUAACAGUUCUGCAUGAAACCUUCCCCAAACAUACAUUUUUAAUGAAUGGCCUUAUUCAGGGUGUGAAGGGUUUUUUAUCAUUUAUGAGUGCUCCACUGAUUGGUGCUUUAUCUGACGUGUGGGGGAGGAGAUCGUUUCUUUUACUGACAGUAUUUUUCACAUGCGUCCCAAUUCCUUUAAUGAGGAUAAGUCCAUGGUGGUAUUUUGCUGUUAUCUCGGUGUCUGGUGUUUUUGCAGUCACUUUUUCGGUAAUAUUUGCAUAUGUAGCAGACAUUACUCAAGAACACGAGAGAAGUACAGCAUAUGGGCUGGUAUCGGCAACUUUUGCAGCAAGCUUGGUAACCAGUCCUGCCAUUGGUGCUUAUCUUUCAAAUAAAUAUGGUGAUAACCUUGUGGUACUCGUAGCCACUGUGAUUGCUGCAUUGGACAUUUGCUUUAUCUUGGUAGCUGUCCCUGAAUCGCUCCCUGAGAAGAUUCGAUCAGCUUCACGGGGAUCACCUUUCUCAUGGGAGCAAGCUGAUCCUUUUUCUUCCUUAAGGAAAGUCGGGAAAGACAUCACUGUGCUGCUCAUCUGCAUAACUGUAUUUCUCUCAUACCUGCCCGAGGCUGGACAGUACUCUAGUUUCUUCCUUUACCUUAAACAGGUCAUUGACUUUUCUGCUAGCAAUCUGGCAGCCUUUAUAGCUGUCGUGGGAAUCCUCUCUAUAAUAGCACAGACUGUAUUUCUUAGUAUCCUAAUGAGAUCCAUAGGUAAUAAAAACACUGUUCUCCUUGGCCUUGGAUUUCAGAUGUUACAGCUGGCUUGGUACGGAUUUGGAUCCCAGCCCUGGAUGAUGUGGGCAGCUGGAGCUGUGGCAGCAAUGUCUAGUAUUACUUUUCCAGCAGUCAGUGCUCUGGUUUCGAAAAAUGCAGAUUCUGAUCAACAAGGUGUUGUGCAAGGAAUGAUCACAGGAAUCAGAGGGUUGUGCAAUGGCCUUGGGCCUGCACUGUAUGGUUUUAUUUUCUAUAUAUUCCACGUGGAACUGGAGGCAAUCUCUGACGAGAAGGUUGAUGUACAAAAUCCCAAAAUGGAGAAUUGUACAGUGUGCAAACAGAAGCUUUGGUCCAACUCAUCCAUGCCAACCAGAUAUCCUAAAAAUUCCAUUAUUCCUGGACCGCCUUUCUUAUUUGGAGCCAUUACAGUCCUGGUGGCUUUUUUGGUUGCCUUAUUUAUUCCUGAGCAUAGCCUCUCUGGAAAAGCCAGUAAUGGAAGGAAGCAUAGCAGCAAUCUUGGCAACAAUCCCACUACUCCACCCAUUAGUAGUGAUGAGGACAAUGAGCCACUGCUGCAGGACAGCAGUGUGUGAGAAGACUAGCUUUGAAGAAAAGUAGCAGCUCUAAACAAAGAACAAUGUGUUGACUCCACUGGAUCUCUUGGACAUUGAACGAUCAAAUGGCUUGGGCAAAUUGGAAAUAAUUUUGAAGGGCUACUUUGAGGACUGCAGAAGUGGAUGUAACCAUGUGGUUAUGGUUGCUUCAUUUCUAAUGCAAGCUACUUGCAUCCAAAGUUCAGCACUGCCAGUUCAAGUACUAUUCAAAGUGUCAUCCUGAUCAGAGAAGUUCCAUACGAUGCUGAUGACCAGCGCACUCAAUAUUUUGGAGAAUGACACAUUCAGAGCCACAUCUCAGGGUGUAACUUACACACUAACUGAAAGGGGGAAGGAACAUACUUUGUGAAGAUUCAGUCUGAUUGCUCAAUAUGUAGUAAGCUCCUUCCCAAUUUGAUUUCAUUGUAUGUCCCCUUAGCUGUAAUAGUUUCGUGCUACGACCUCUUUAAACCCAAAAAUGACUAAAUCUACCAAGUCCAUAUAUCAUUUUGCAGUCUCUUUUUCUUUGCUUCUGUUGAAUCCCUGAAACUCCAUAGAAUGUAAAAGAUGGGGAGAAGGGACUCAAAUGACUUGCAUAGAAAUAUGUGCAUAGAUGUUUGAACAUAGCUAUGCAAAUCGAAAAGUAUAUUUGACUUUGCCUUCCACAAUACUUUGCAGUCUGUGAAACUACAGUCCGAACUUCCCUCCGCCUUCUUACAAAUUUGAACCAAAUUCGUGGUGGAAAUAUUUGUUUGUUUGUAAAUGAAUAAAGCAGAUUCAUUCAGUCACUGAAGUUUAUGAUAACGGGUGUAGAUCCUUAUGAAAACAUCUCAGACAGUUGAACUUCUAAGAGUGAAAGAUACUACUUUUAAUUUGUAGAGUUAGUUAAGGGUAAAAGUCUGAUGCCUACCUUGUGACUUUUCGUUUUGUUAGAAGGCUGUGGUUGAAGUAUCUCUGUUAAAGAUUAUUUUUCUGAUAACUUUUAGAUAAGGAUAAAAUUGAUCUGUGAAAAUACACAAUGGUUUUCUAAAGAAGAGCAUAACUUGGAUUAUCGAAUACUAUUUUUCAAGUGAAUUUUAUAUUUAAUGUAUGUGGCAAAUGUUGUAGGGAUUGAAUGAAAAGCUGCUUUUUGUUUCGGAUUUAAAAAGGUUUCACAAAUUGUACAAUGUUGUCCACUUUGGCAGAUUAACCAUGCCCCUGUUCUUUCCUUGCACUUGGCCUUGCUAACCAUGCAAAGCCUCAGACACUUAAUCUGCUACCUCAUCUUUAGCCUAUAUGCAAGCUGCUUUGUAGUCCUGCUACCUUUGAUUUCAAUCUGUUCUCUGCUACUCCUGUGCAUUAAGGCAUAAGAUAAUUGGAUUGAGUUCACUUUUGAACCUAUGAGAUGCUGCUUUUAUGCAAUUCCUUUGGCACUUGAUAUCGAGAAAGAAGCUUCCUUAUGAACUGUUUGCUAGUUCAUUCUGUUACAAAAAAGCACAUUCCCAUGAACCAUCUUUGAACUGAGUGUACUGGAUAAACUGAUGAAAUCGUUGCAUUGAAUAUGAUUUUGUAAUUAAAGAAUAGCCUAAUUUGGUAGAAAUAAAUAUUAGAUAAAAUUGUGGCAAUUUAUAAUUAUUGUGCUGUCAUUCAGGCAUUUAUUUUUAAAGCUUGAGAAUGAUUUUUCCCUUGAAUGUGGUUUUUAAUGGUCUCAUAAUUGAAGAUCAUAUUUUCCCAGACCUUCCAAAAUGUAUUUUCAUGAAUAAAGUUUUCAUAAUCCUCUGGUUUAAUGCUCAUGAAAGAAUAACAAACUGAAUGUUCCCUCAUCAAUCCUUUUUAUGUUUGCCUUGAUAUUAAAGCUAAUUUCCUACCAGAUAUUAAGUAAAAAGAUGCACUGAACAAAGUCAUUUUGAGAGUACUGUAUGCCUUAUAAUAAGGUGAUCAUUUACUUGGUAAUUUCAGUUUUUAAAAAAAAUUCUAACUUCAGUAUCAUCAGGUCGGAAACAACAUCAACAUUUUUUACUGGGAUAUGUUUUGAGGAGAAAGAAGUAGCAAAAACCUAAACCCGGAAUCUUUGUUGAUCAGUCUGGCGUUGUUUGAAGAAGUGAUGUGUACUGGAAUUAAUAAAAUGUCCCCAAUGAUCAGACUUGCAGGGUAUGUUUAGAUUGCUAUGGGCACAAUGUUAAUAGUGAUCCUCAUGUAACAAAGAUCAAGAACCCUGUUUUAAUUGUUUUUCUCAGUCUAUCACCAGUCUAAAGUGAAUUUUUCAUUACAGAAUUCAGCUGUUUCUUUGUUCUUCAGAUAUGAUAAAGAAGUUAUUUCAGUCAUUUGAAAUGUAGCCCACCUGAUUCCUCAAUAUUCAAGUUUGGUAAUGAUCUGUACGCACAGAUUGUCAUCUUCAGUUUUUUAAGAAAAGUUGUAUAUUAUAAAAUAUAUUUUUCUGAACUGAAACUCUCAAAAGCAGAGAUUUUCAGGCAUCUUGGCACUGGUAUUGUUCAUAUCAUAUUGGUUAUAUUACCAUUUUCUUCAAAUGUGCCUCAUCUAGAACUGUAAAAACAUUUUAAAAACUUCAAAAUAAUUUAUUAAAAUAAGUAA